AUGGCUUCGCGGAGGCUCAAGCGGUGGUUUAACCGAUGGCGCAAACGAUACGAAAAUAAAAACGAUAGAGUAUAUGAUAACAGAGCGGUGGAACUUUCGACUGUCUCAUCGAGGGUAGAUACAGCCCUGCAUCACAACUCGAGACACCGUGCAGGAUCCCUAUAUCAACUACCCGAGGAUCUGAUGUUUAUGGUCUGCCGGUACCUGACGGAUGCACAAGUUGUCAUGCUGAUGCUUAGCUGCACACGUUUCUGGCGCAGCAGGACAGAGAUCGGGAUUUUUGCUGAGAGAUGGAAACGGAUGGCCUCGCCGAUCGAGGACGACCUGAACAAACUGGCAGCGCGCUUCUAUGUUUUGAGAAUGCUAGAGUAUGAUGGCCUGCUCCAGAGGGGGUGCCCAAGAAAAUACUGCUGCUGGGGGUGCAUGAGAGUGCACGAGCGGCAAGCCUUCUCCCCCAAGGAACUCAGAAAAAGAGUUAAAUUGAAAUCGAGGCCAGAUUUCCUUCCUAGAAGAAGAAACCGCCGUUCUUGUGAGCUGGCCAAGAGAUAUAUUUGGUUUGGCUUAUGUCGCGAAAUGAGCUUUGUCAAGCUGAGACACAUCAUCACGAACCCGCGCACACAACAAUUGGAAGCCGGCCAGAUCGUGCUCAAAGAUAGAUCGAGGGUACAGUUCUGGGGCUGUUCCAAGCUUCAUGACAAGAGGCGGCAAUUUUCAUACAUUUUCGAAAUUGCUAGUACCCGCGAUAUUCCAACGCUCCAAGCGUUUAUCCAGCAUUCCCAGGCUGUAAAUCUUCCGUUAUGCCCGCACCUCCGGCUCGGCGAUCAAGCGGUGACCCAGCUCUACAUCCAGCCUUCUCAGCCGUACACCUGCAAGGACUGCACCACGACUGUGAAGAUUGCAAUUGUGCAAUCUUUUAUUUUCAUAUAUGUUUUUCGGUAUGUGGGCCUGCUUCGCUCGCCUACGGACCCGCAGUGGAUGGCGCAGUCGUACCGGGCAAAGCAUCGGUGGGUGAAGGCGCAGGCCCAAGCAUUCGGCAGGUGGUUUGUAAAGACGUACGGGGAGACUGGGCCUCGUGGUCGAGGGUACAGGCCGUUCAAGCGCAAGCAGAUGGCAACGCUGUUCGAGGGCGUUGAGUCGUGCACACCCGAGUGGCCUGGUGGUGGUCCAACCUGGUAA